CAACUGCAUGCCAACCGGGCCCGGAGUCGCCUUUUCCUCGUGCUCUACGCAGUGGCGUCAGGCGCUUUGUCUGCAUCCCAGGCGGCUUUGGUGUUUUUAUAUCCGCUUGAAGUUCGGGUCUCAAAAAAAUAGGGACAAGGCCAAGUUUGCUACUGGGACACCAGAUCAUCGAUGUCCUAAUUGUAGACUACUUGGAAAAGCUUGGAAAAACUGCUAAAGGAGGAGGGCGGGGCAUUAAGCCCUGUCCUCCUCCUACUCAAAAUACUAUCCCUUGUGUCUUCGGACCCCCACCCUCAGAAAUUGCAUGUAGGUUUGUCAUGAGUCCGUCCGGCUGCUCCCAUGUGAACAGCUAUAAAGUGGACAAUUGGAAGCAAAAUCUGCGUGCAAUCUACCAGUGCUUUGUGUGGAGUGGGACACCAGAAACCCGGAAAAGAAAGGCUAAGUCGUGCAUCUGUCAUAUGUGUGGUGCUCACCUGAACAGACUUCACUCUUGCCUGUAUUGUGUGUUCUUUGGUUGUUUUACAAAGAAACACAUUCACGAACACGCAAAGCUUAAAAGACACAAUCUUGCCAUAGAUUUGUUGUAUGGGGGUAUAUACUGCUUUAUGUGUCAAGAUUACAUAUAUGACAAAGACAUGGAGCAAGUUGCCAAAGAAGAACAAAGAAAAGCAUGGAAAUUGCAAGGUGUUGGAGAAAAAUAUUCAACGUGGGAGCCAACAAAGAGGGAGCUAGAGCUGUUACGACAUAACCCCAAAAGAAGGAAAAUAACCACAAACUGCACCAUAGGUCUGCGAGGCCUAAUCAAUCUCGGGAAUACAUGUUUUAUGAACUGUAUCGUCCAGGCACUUACCCACACUCCCCUGCUACGUGACUUCUUCCUUUCUGAUCGCCACAAAUGUGAAAUGCAAAGCCCCAACUCGUGCUUGGUUUGUGAAAUGUCAACUCUUUUUCAAGAGUUUUACUCUGGGCAUCGAUCUCCACACAUUCCAUAUAGGCUACUGCAUCUUGUAUGGACACAUGCACGGCAUUUAGCAGGGUACGAGCAACAGGAUGCACACGAAUUUCUAAUUGCUGCAUUAGAUGUACUGCACAGACACUGCAAAGGUGAUGACAAUGGAAAAAAGGCCAAUAAUCCGAACCACUGUAACUGUAUCAUAGACCAAAUUUUCACAGGGGGCCUCCAAUCUGAUGUGACCUGUCAAGUGUGCCAUGGGGUUUCAACAACAAUAGACCCAUUUUGGGACAUCAGCUUGGAUCUACCAGGUUCUUCAAGCCCAUUUUGGCCGCUGAGCCCUGGAGGUGACAGUGGGGUUGUGAAUGGGGAAAGUCAUGUGUCAGGAACAACAACGUUAACAGACUGUCUGCGAAGGUUUACACGACCAGAGCAUCUAGGAAGUAGUGCCAAAAUCAAAUGCAGUGGUUGCCAUAGUUACCAAGAGUCUACUAAACAGCUUACUAUGAAGAAACUGCCUAUUGUGGCUUGUUUUCAUCUCAAACGGUUUGAACAUUCAGCUAAGCUAAGGAGGAGAUCACAACUUAGUGUCAUUCCCCCUGGACUAGACAACCCAUUCAUGGCCUCCAGCAAAGAGAGCAGAAUGAAUGGUCAGUAUCAGCCACAAGACGGUUUAAACAAUGACAAUAAGUAAGUAAGAAUUCCUUGA